CUUCCACAGAUAGCUAGCACUCCGGCAGUGGCUCUGGAUCUUGUCCUCUUGGCGGAGCUGCAGCUGGAGGAAGCGCUAUCCCUGCCGCGGAACCGCUCUCGCUCUCUCUCUCUCUCUCUCUCUUUCCUCUCGUUGCAAAGCGAACUCAUGGGCGGGGUAAGUGUUUUUCCAGGCCCUGGAGCUAAGACGAGGAGCGGGACCGAUGCUGCCACUGCGGGAGAAGGAGCGGGGCGUCCCUGGUUGAGUUCAUGUGACCCCUUCUAAAGAUUCUGAUUCCAAAGGAAAAGCUCCUGCCAUGACGCCUGGAAUAGAGCGAGAAGCAUUAUACGAAGAUUCCUCCGGGGAGGUUGUUAACACAGUUUUCAGCAGCACAACACCGCCUCCGCUUUCAGACUCUACCGAUGAAUUUACUACCUACUUUGAUCAGAAGAUCCCUAUACCUGAAGAUGAAAAGCAUCCAUGGUUCAGUUUCCGAAAACUCUGGGCCUUUACUGGGCCAGGCUUUCUCAUGAGCAUUGCCUAUCUGGAUCCAGGUAAUAUCGAGUCAGAUCUGCAAUCUGGAGCUGUUGCAGGAUUUAAGCUUCUCUGGGUGCUCUUGCUGGCCACUGUCAUUGGCUUGCUCUUGCAGCGUUUGGCAGCAAGACUAGGGGUGGUAACAGGACUUCAUCUGGCAGAAGUAUGUAACCGGCAGUAUCCCAAGGUUCCUCGGAUUAUCUUGUGGCUGAUGGUGGAGCUGGCUAUCAUUGGGUCAGAUAUGCAGGAGGUAAUUGGCUCAGCAAUUGCCAUUAAUCUCUUGUCUGUUGGGAGAAUCCCUUUGUGGGGUGGAGUCCUCAUAACCAUUGCAGACACUUUUGUGUUUCUCUUCCUGGACAAGUACGGCUUGAGGAAACUGGAAGCAUUUUUUGGUUUCCUUAUUACUAUUAUGGCUGUUACAUUUGGAUAUGAGUAUAUUACAGUAAAGCCAAACCAGGCCGAGCUGUUGAAAGGAAUGUUUACACCAUAUUGCAAGGGCUGUGGCACCCCUCAGCUGGAGCAAGCGGUGGGGAUAGUUGGUGCUGUUAUCAUGCCACACAACAUGUACUUGCAUUCUGCUUUGGUCAAGUCUCGGCAGGUAAAUCGAGCCAACAAGAAGGAGGUCAGUGAGGCCAACAAGUAUUUCUUCAUCGAGUCCUGCAUUGCCCUCUUCAUCUCCUUCAUCAUCAAUGUCUUUGUCGUCGCAGUUUUUGCCGAAGCCUUCUAUAACAAAACUAACCAAGAUGUGUACGAUCAGUGUGUAAAUAGCAGUAUUCCUCAGGCUUCAGUGAUUAAACCAAACAAUGAAAGCCUGGACGUGGAUAUCUAUAAAGGGGGUGUCGUUCUGGGUUGCUACUUUGGCCCUGCCUGCCUCUACAUUUGGGCUAUUGGGAUUCUUGCUGCGGGUCAGAGUUCAACAAUGACAGGAACUUAUUCUGGGCAGUUUGUCAUGGAGGGUUUCCUCAAUCUGAAGUGGUCACGCUUUGCCCGGGUGGUCCUGACCCGCUCCAUUGCUAUCACUCCAACCCUCCUGGUUGCCAUUUUCCAAGAUCUGGAACACCUAACUGACAUGAAUGACUUUCUCAACGUUCUUAUGAGUUUACAGCUUCCCUUCGCAUUAAUCCCAGUCCUCACAUUCACCAGCUUGCGUCCUGUGAUGAAUGACUUUGCCAAUGGGCUGGGCUGGAAGAUUGCCGGGGGAGUCCUCAUUCUCAUAAUCUGCGCCAUCAACCUGUACUUUGUGGUGAUCUAUGUGACCGCCCUGGGACAGGUAGCACUGUAUGUGGUGGCUUCACUUAUCAGCAUUGUCUACCUGGUCUUUGUGGCAUACUUGACUUGGCAGUGCUUAAUUGCUCUUGGGAUGUCCUUCCUGGCCUGUGGGCACACGUAUCAUCUGGGACUCACAGCUCACCCUGAACUCUUCCUUCUCAACAAUGUGGAUGCUGAACCAGUCAUGAAUCCCUCUCAACUACAGUAGUAAGAACAUGACCUUCUUUAUAAAAAAGCCUUUCCAUGCUGCACAAAACCAAAUUUUGAUUGGUUUCAGAAGCGAGCAUAUGGUCAAGCACUGCAGACCGCGUCAGACUCUUGCGAGAAGCAUGCAAGGGGAAGGGAGAAGGCAAUGACGUCAUUCAGGAUCACCUCAACUGGUAUACUGGGAAAUCUACUUCCUUAGAGCUUGUGCCCAAGUUCAACUGGGAAGGCGGCUAAAGAACAACAGACAAAGAGUCUAAGUUAGACUGUUAAGUAAACAUUUCAUGUUAUGCAUCGUGAAAGGGAAGAAAUAUAUAUGAUGGCAGCAUACAUGUGAGAUCAAAGGUGACUCCGUGUCAAACACCUAUAAAAAGUGUAUGUGUUAUCCGAAGUGAAAAAUUAGCGGACAGGAGCCCUAUUCAGAUAUUAUGUUGUACCUGUGUUCAGAUGUCUGGCCACUUGUACGUGUGUGUGUGUGUGUCUUGUACCUGUGUCCAUUCAAAAAGUGAACCUGGGUACAGGUAUCUCAGAUGCUGGAUACAGAGAGGAAAUGUACUGCAGUGCCUUCGUUCAACGUAUGAAUAACUGGACCUGUCUACAGACCUGUGUGCACUGUACACAGAUUGUAUAAGACAGUGCUGAAUAUAAUGUGUGAAUAGGGCUGCAAAGGGGUGGCAGACCAUUACUCCACCCAUUGCUGUUCCCCCCCUGCAACUCCUUCCUCUGCUAUUUUUCUCCCACUUGGGAUUAUUUCUACACUUCGAGACUGAGUGGGAGGGAAAUAGCUGGGGGAGGGCUUGCUGGCACAGGCCUGGGAAGCAGCAGACAGAGGAAGGGUUCAGCUCUGCUUUCAGGGCUGCCAUUUUGCCCUCCUUCUUCUUUGUAGGAGACCUUCAUUGGGAGACACGGGUCUCUUGCCUUUACAUGCAACCCUAACACUGAGGUAGUUUCAGUGCGGAGGUAUUUUGGGUACUCAGGGGUUUUAUGUACUUCUUAUUGUUAAUGAUUUUAGGGAGUAAACAGUUUCUCUCCAGAGGUACCAGAGACUAGAUCUCCACUUGAUGCAAACAGGUAUCUAUCAGUCUGAGGCAGAGGUGAUCUUUUCACACACACACACACACACACACACACACACACACUGUCUCAAACACUGAUGGAGACUUGUCUAAAAGUUGGGAAAUAUCCUCUUGACAUUUGAUUCUGAAAAUAAUCCUGUUGAUGAAAGUCAAUGAGAUGAAAAUGAAAACUUGAAAGGGAAUCUUGAAAUGCAAAAUGGCACAGGAAAUAAAUACUGAUGGGCACAAUCCACCAAGAACAACAUCUGCAGGAACCCUAGUGAGACGCAUAGAAGGUAAGCUGGAGGGCUAGUUUAAUUUGCUAGUUGGGCAUGGACAGAAGAAUCUCUUGGUAGUUUUAUUGAGAGAUUUCCUGAACCAACCUAAGCACUCUGCUUAAAGUGAAUUCCGCUGUGACUCUUGGCCAUUUCCCUCUUGAAAUCCUUCCUCCCACUCUUAAAUGUUUCAUUCAGCCCUAUUUACAUACAGGAGGGUGCCUAUUCCUUGCCUCCACGGAAGGUGAGAUUUCUUGUUAUUUCUUUUUUGUUCACUUGGAGAUUCUUUUUAAAUUAAAUAACUUGCUUUUGUCCCAACUAAGCUGAAUUCUACCCAUAUUGUUUCAAAAAUGGAGAGAGCAUAGGACAAUAGAAUCAAAGGGAAACUUUAGACAUAUAUGUGUAUCUUGAUUUAGGACACAUCUGCACUACAAACUAAAGCUAGUUUAAAGCCAAGUUAACUGCUGUGGCUUUCUCCAAAUAACACUGGGUACAGUAGUUAAUUUUAAGAAAGGACUUAGAAUGUUUUGUUAAGAGAUCCUUAAUCCUAUCAGAGAACUAGUUUCUAGGCAUGGGCAAGCUCUGAAUAAGAGGCCAUACUCAGAGCUUCUGUUUCCUCAACAGUUUCUGGAUCUCGUCAUCUAUGCUAAUCUCACACCCCUACUUCUGGUUCUCUUCUGAUUUGUGUACCACCUCUAUCUGGUCUGCAUGAAUAGCACCCCAAGCCAUGGACAAAAUAAUUAGAAACCUGCACAAUUAAAAUGACAGACAUGAUGGGGCAUAAACUAAAAAGUUACAACCGGCUCACAGAAAAGGGGGAGCUUUUCACUUCUACUGAGACAGCAGGAGCUGUGACCUCACAGCUGAAGGCUGUUCUUAAAGCAGCCAGAAGCUUCCCCAGCAGAGAAGCACACAGGGAGGAGGGAAGUUUUUGCUGUCUCCCCACCCACCCCCGCCUCCAGAAGUGUUCUGUGCUUUCCAGAAUUAUGUUCCUGAGGGCUGCACAACCCUCAGGGACAUAGUUCUGAAAGGUACUGCACACUUUGGAAGUCAGGGGAGAUCAACAAAAAUAAUUCCCUCCCCUCACUCAUGUAUGCUUUGGUGCUGGGGAAGCCUCUUGCUGCAAGAGACUGCUGCUCUGGAUGUCAGCCACAGUUCACUAUUCUGCACUCCAGGUCCAACUCCCUUCCCACCUUCUAACUGUCAAUAUUCCUAAUGCUUCCUCUUUCCUUUCUAUUACUGCACCAUUCUGCAGUUAGGGUAGAGGUGAUAACAAAGCAUAGGUGGCAGUCUCAGGUCAGCUUACUGACUUGAGUGUCCUAGUUUAGGUCACUCUGAACAGACUUUAUGCUCUGUCAUGAAAUCAGAGUUGGCUUUGUAGGGCAUCUUGUCCCACUCCCUGCUUCCCAAGUAAUUGAUUUUAUUUUUGAACUGCUCUUACCAUUAAGACGUUUUUCAGCAUGUUCAACUGAAAUCCACCCUCCUGUAACUCAAGUCUAUUAGAUUUAGUUCUCCUUUCUUGGGAGGACUAGAUAACCAGUUUUGAUGUCUUGGAUACAAUUGCAAACAAUAUAUAUUUAAAAUUCAAAUAACAGUUUAACAUAAAUGGUUGUCAUAGUUCAUUCUGCUUCUGAUAACCCUGCAGAAUCUGCCUUCCUGUGUUGCAUCUGGUCUUUGAUCUGGAGCAAGCUAAGCACUCCUUGCUGCUCAUGAUGUUUGUUCAUCUUCCUCCUGUUUACGCAGGUAACAUGAUAACAUGUUCAGCUGUAGUUUAGAUUUUAAUCCAAAGCAAAAUAGUAUAGUUCAGGCCCCAGUUCAAGGGUUCCAGAUUAUCCUUGGAAUUUGAGCUGAGCUGUUCAGCAUCUGUAUGUACAGAAGAUUAUAUCUGGUGCUAAAUUGAAAGUCCCUGUUUCUAGCCCUCAUGCUCACAGGACACACAUGGCAAUCAGCCGAAAAUACCUGCAUUUAUCAACUCUGCCAUGGUUUGUGUUUGCAAAGAACAUCCUGGCCCCAUAGAUUAUGUCUCGAUGUGCCUUAUAAUGUGGGACAACCUGGAGCUCUUGAAAUAGUAUAGCUAGCACCAACAUGGUUAUUUCUAGAGAUGUCCAUAAAGCGUUUCAUGCACCUCUGGGGUGGGGUGGGGUGGUGGAGAGCAGGCACUUUAAAAGGAGCAAGGCAGGUCUUAUCUGCCCCUCCACCACUCCUCUGCUGCACCCUGCUGUGGCGCUGUUGGUAUUAAACACCCCGCUGCAUGGCAGCAAUACUACUCCCAGGAGCCCACGGGCAGCAUUGGCAUGUAAACGGGGCAUCUGUGCAUGCACGGACACCAUUUCCAUGGUCAGCAUCGUGUUGCUGAACACAUAAAUGGCGUCCACACAUUGAUGUGUGCAGAUGCAAUUUAUGUGCUGGGAGCAGCACUGCAGCCCCGCGGUGCAGCGUUUAAUACCAACAGCGCUACAGUGGGGCAACGGGUGGGGUGACAGAGGGGCAGGUAAGACUUGCCUUCCUCCUUUUAAGGCGACUGCUCACCACCUACCAAAACGAUUCAUCUGGGGCAGCUCAAAGUGUUUCGGCGUCUUAAGUUAGAGGUGCUGAAACUCUUCAUGCACAUCCCUAGUUAUUUCACCCAUUUGUUCUACAAAUUGCAAUUGUCAAUUACGUCUUGGCAGCCACCCAUUCUGUAACUUACCUGCAGAUUUUCCUUACGGCAUACAGUCUAAGGCUGCAAUCCUGUGCAGACUUAACAUGUUAGCAAGCCCCACUGAAGUAAGUCUUGCAUAGGAUCAGGCUGGAAGUCUAUUGUUCUUGCCUUACCAUCUAUUCACUGGACACAAUGUGAUCGGAUCAAGAAACACACUGGAUUCAUAUGCUCAGAUUUGGGCACUAGGAAAGAGCGUCUCACUCGGCUUGGCCCAAACAUGCUGUACCUCUUCUCCGUUAGGAAUUCCUAUAGGGUUCUGAAGUUGCUCCGAGUCCACACAUACUUUGAAAUGUAGCAUUAACCCUGGGAGUAGUUUUGCUUGGGAAUAUUUGCUACAGGUAGGCUGCUUUUGUUCUCUGGGAGAUUCUGGCUUGUCUCAAACAACUGAACUCUUUGCACUGGCUGACAUCCAGACUUUGUGACUCAAUAGUAUUACUCAGGAGUUACUCCAAGGGACUACUGCAUUUCAAUAGCUCUUUCUCUAGUAUCUAGUAAGUUUAGGCAGAAUGUCAGUCACUGCUGUUAAAGAAGAAAGAGAGGCUUGCAACUAGUGGUGCAAAAAAAGAAAGACAUAAGGUGCCCUUUAAUGCAACAAGCCCGGAUGCCUUUUAAAACAGUGGCUCUUUUAUGUUUAGCAGAGGGAGAGUAACUGUCCUUAUUCAUCCAGCACAUGGCUCCUCUGGUGACUGUUGUUGGCCAUUCCCUGGCCUUGGUUUCAUAUUGUGAGCACCUUUGGGACAGGGAACCACCUACUUACUCCUUUUGCUGUGUAAACUGCUUUGAGAACCUUUUUGGUCGAAAAGCACUAUAUAAGUCAUAAUGAUAUCCCAGUCCCAAGCACAUUUACUUAGAAAUCACAUUGAUUCAUUUGGAAAUCACAUUGAUUUUAAUGGCAUUUACUUAGAAUGGCAGCACCUGUGCCUUUUUGAAUAUUAAACAAUGCUGCAUUUAGAGCUAGAGGAAAAGCCUGUAAACUAGACUUGAGGUGAGGAUAAUAAACAAAGGGAGCCUACAGUGCGUUCCACAGCUGUCUGAUGAAGUGACAGAUAUGCCAGCCAAUUGAAUGCUGGCUCAGGGGUCAGUCUUGGUCCUCCACCCUGAUUCAGGAAGGCUGCCCACCUUUAAAAAGAAAAGUGCUGCAUAAGCCUUAUCCAGACAUUAUAUUGUACAAAUGUACAGAUUGUUUGUAUAUUUGUACAUGUCUUCACCCAGUGGUGCGCUAUAUGUUUGCGAUUGUGUUACAAACCUCUUAGCAGAAACUGCCCUUUGGGAAGAGGUGGUUUUAAAAUGUGUAAUAGGUAUCUGUGCUCUGUUACAAAUCCCGUUUGGUUUUCGUAAUUGUUGUUUUAUAUAUUUGGCAGUAAUUUAUUUUAAAUGUAUUUGUUAUUUUUUGAUUUUGUUUCAAUGAAGGUUCAACUUUCCCAAUAAAUAUGCUGAGACUUC